UGGGGGAAGAAUUGGCGUGGUUUCACAUGAUUGGUCCAUUUAAACAUCAACAGACUGUCAGAAGGGCGAGAGAUAGGGAGCCACCAGGCCAGUCAAGACAUGUAACGACGGGCUUGUCCAGGCAUGUCCUGGCCUGUUCUGCUAUGUUCUCAGCCCCAGGUUUCAAAGCUCACAAACAACUCUUUGGGCUAUUUGACAUAAAUUACAUGAAUCACAUGUCUCAAGUUUUAUUUCCUUUUAGCUCCUAAGACUAUUUUUGCUCCCAUUUCGAGGCUAGAGGAUGACUGUGAAUCUGGAUGGACACCACCUUCUGUCCAGCACCAUCCGUGCAGUACACAUUGACGAAUGACUUAUUUUUAAAUCAGGCAUAGUGCUGCACCCUUCAAUUCCAGCAUGUGGGAGGCAGAGGCUCUGUGAGUUCAGGACAGCCUGGUCUGUAUAUUAACUUCCAGGACAGCCAGGACUGCACUGAGAGACCCUGACUCAAACAAAACAAUCAGUGAGUUAUUCCUCAGCAUGGAAAGGGUGUUACUAUCCCUAUAAGUCAUCAAUGUGAGUUGUGACUGUAAGAGCACAUGAUUGUAUUUAAAUCAUAACAGGAAAAACCAAACCCAAGAAUGUACUAGAUAUACCAGAUCAAUGGAAGGGUUAACACCCCUACUUGUUCUCUAUAAAGAGGACAGUACCCCAACACUGGUUGGAUUGGGCACUCCAGACCUUUGAUUUGAUACCAAUGAGUGUCAAAAACAGGCAAACAUCCCACAACUGUGCUGGGGCCUAACUCAGAUCAAUCCAUGCUACUGAUGUGGCCCAAUGACCUGCUUUCUGUUGUCCUGUGGUUUGCCCAUCUGGACCUACUGUGUGUCCUACCAUCCACUCCGGCUCUGGGCCUGGUUCUCCCCUAACACCUCUGUAGCAACCCCACAGCUCAGCUCUCAAGUUUGUGAUCUACAGUGGUCUGACUUCUUCCCUAAAGCUGUCAGAAUCUACAGAGUCAAGAUUUCCAAGCUUCGAAAAUCAUUUAUUGUGUGUGUGUGAAUAUACUUGAGCAGUCUCCAUCUACCAUGUGGGUCCAGGGAAUCAAACUUGAGUCCUCAGGCUCAGUGGCAUAUGCCUUUACCUGCUGAGCCACCUUGCAGGCGUUUCCAUCCCAGCCUUAACCAGCAGUGUCUCUAACAUUCAAACUCCUCGUGAUAGUUAACACUGUUGGGUUUAUGAGGUGGAGGAAGCUGAAAUGCAGGAAAGGGCAGUGCAGCCUGCCAAGCUGCCAGCUGGGUAUUAGAUUAACAAGCCAAUCACAGAGGUGCCUGGAUGGCUGCCAAGGGGCAGUAUAGAGAUCUCAACUGAGCUGUACCCAGGACCAAUUAGAAGUUUGUUUCCUGGUCAUCUCCUGGGCAGAGACUGUGAUGAGUCCCUUAGAGUAGCCUCUGACAAAAAUAAUAGUUUAAUGUGCUGUGUCUCUCUUUAUAUGUGUCUUGUGUGUCUCUGGUCUGGUCUCAUAGGUCCAAUAUAUUCAGUGUGUUGUUAAUAUAGAAACAGAAUUCUGACCUCAGAGGGCAUAAGAGGUCAUUUAUUCCAAAGCCAAUUAUGAGUAACCAUGGCCCAGGAUGUUGGAUUCAUGGUACACCAAACAGUGUGUUUCAGUGUGAUAGAAGCUUCAUCAAGUUUUAUAGUCACAGAACAAUGUCAUAAAUAGAGUAGAUUUUCAAAUAUAUUGGUGGAUAAAUGUCAGGUAGGAAGGCAAGUCCGCCAAGUCUAGGCUACAGGCCUUAGGCGCUACCUGGUGACAUUCUCAGUUUGUGGUUUGAUGGAAGCUGGGGCUCUACUAGCACAGUUCACAAAGGAUUUUUUUUCUGGUAGUUACAAGGGUGUUAAGCCAAUCACAGAGGUGGGUAUUAACCUGCAACAUUCCAGCUUUCCACAACCACUGAAGUCUUAAUCUGCCAACCAGUCGUAUGCAAUGGUAACUAACUCAAGUGCUGCCUUUUCUGGAAACCUCAUUCACAAUGUCCCACAUCCAGUGUGCCUUCAAUUGUGUCCUGCUCGGUCCAUUGAGUCCAGUGUGUCUAGUCACUCCCAGCAUGCCACGGACCAGCCUUGGUUUGGAGAGGGUUCUGAGGAAGGGGUGCUCAGGAGCAACAGAAAGAACUUAAAGUCAAAGCGUGGGCACAAGCUGACAACUGUGUUCUGCUUGAGACAGCUUUCUGGAGAUCACCAGACAGCUCAUCCAGAUAGCUCCGUUCUCCCAGACCCAAGCCCAGUUUUCUAUCUGCAUAUCAAUUCAAUCGUUCAUCCCAGGUUCCACUAUGACUAAUCCACAAAUCAGCAUCCCCUGACCCCCACCCCAGGAUUCUUAGCAAAAGACUGCAAGUAUAUUCCCUUCCUUAACAUUGCGAAUGAAUUCAGGGAUCUUUCUGUUUUUUGUGUGUUUUUUUUUUUUUUUUUUUUUUUUUGGUUUUUCGAGACAGGGUUUCUCUGCAUAGCCCUGGCUGUCCUGGACCUCACUUUGUAGACCAGGCUGGCCUCGAACUCAGAAAUCCGCCUGCCUCUGCCUCCCGAGUGCUGGGAUUAAAGGCGUGCACCACCACGCCCGGCCUCAGGGAUCUUUCUGCCUGCCUUGGUAAGCACAGACAACAUAGCUGGGUAGGAUCUCACUCUGAGAUGCCAUGCCCACCACGCCUGGGCCUAACCUCCCUCUAUCCCAGGGUAACCUUGAAUCUGCCUUCUUUUGUAAGCACAAAUAAUAAAAUUAGUUGGGUGGGAUCUUGCCUCCAUGAUCACCACUCCCUAAAUCUCUUAAUCUCCUUCCUUUUUUAUUUUUCUUACAAGCUGGCUCAUAGUGUAGCUGCCUCUGUUUUUUUAGGUCUGUGAAGCUCCUUAGACAAUUCAUACUGCAUCCUUAUAUUUUUACAUAGUUGAGAAAUUAUAUAUUUUUGAACUUAUAUUUUCAGAGUUCUUUCCAACAGCCUUAAGGGCUGUCCUGAAGGUCAUGGCAUUUACCAUUUUGCUAAGACACACCCUCAUCUUCCAGACUCACAUAGCUUCUAAUUAUCAUGAGGUCAUUAACCUUGGCAGAGAAAACAUUUUCUGAUGGAGGAACAUGAAGUAAGAUUGAUACAUUUUUUUAUAUAUACAAACAAAUGUCACACCCAGCAUCCUUCAACACUCAUGGAGACUUACGUUUUGCUGGCUUUGUUCCAGAGGCAGGUACCAUGUCAUGUCAGCAUUAGCAUCUGACGGUGUUUUACUUGCCAAGCAAAGCUCUAAGCCAUCACUGUUCCAGAGAUGCAUGCUGGGAUAGGAGGUGAAGGGCUGAAGGGUGACCAGCCAAAAGGCACCAAGGGCAGUUCUAUGUAUCCAGAUCAAAACACUGGUUUCUAGUUAUUCCCUGCAGAGUUACAUGUCCUGGCUAGGAAACUGAAGCUCUGUCUGCAUAAGGUACUGAGCAAGAUUACAGAUUGCUCUCUCCUAUAUGAAACAAACUAAGGAGACUGGGUUUGUCUUAGUUAGGGUCUGUUGCUGUGAUAAAGCACCAUGACCAAAAGCCACUUGGAGAGGAAAAGGUUAUGUUAGCUUAGAACUCACUGUCAAUCAGCAGCUAGUCUCAGUUGACCUUGACAAUGACCCUUACAGCUGGACAGAAUAAUUACCGUCUUACCUUAGUGAGACAGGAAACUAAAGCAGAGAGGCUGGGAACUCUCUCCAGCAUAUAGUUUUCACACACACCAUCCCAGCCUUCCCAACAGAGAGGGCAAGGCCAACAGAGAGAUUAACUGCCCCAGUAGAAAGCCUCCAGGGGAACUGCCACUAGAGGUGUUGUUUUCUGUUGCCUUUGUUCCAUUUAAGGAGCCUCCCUAGGGCCCCUAAAGAGAUUGCUUUCAAGUUUAAAAUAACCAGGAAGGGUAGUGAAAGGUUCUACCCUGUCUUCACUGUAGAGACUGUAUUGUGACAUUAGCAUUCGCUGGCUUGGUGACUUCUGUGCAGGUAAGAGUCAUUUUGACUCUUGUUGAGGUGGCUAAGAUGAUCUUCUCCUUUGUAAUGAACAGUUCUAGUAAUAUGUUUGUAUAUAUUUCUUUUAAAUGUGGGGUCUCAUGUAGCAGAGGCUAGCCUUGAAGUCCUAUCCCAAGUUCUGGAAUUACACCAGCUUCUCUUGGUGUUCUUUCAUAGUAAAUGUGGUAGUAGUACUUUCAGUUAAAGUCAGAAAGUGACAUCACUUCAGUAACAUCAGGUCCAAGGGCUGGUCAGCUGGUGGCCAGGCAACAUCCUCUGCCUGGUCUGGCACAGCCUGGGUGGUGAGGAGACUUCCUAGUCUGCCAUUCAGGAGGCUGGAAACCCAGCACCCUGGCUCAGGUGCUGAAGCACUCCUGAAUAGUAGCAGCAAAGACAUAAGCAGACCAGUUGAACACAUUUUAAAUGACUACGUGGCUGUGAUGCUGAAGUCCACCUGACCGUCAUCUUACCCCUCAGCUGCUUCUCAGGGCAAGGAACUCUUUUCCUACAUAGCAGCACCUGACGUGCCCACCGCUAUCCCCCGCCACUCCUCCCAUCCCCACCCCCACCUCUGUGCCUGAUAUAGUUCCAAGUGUCUCUGUGUUAAAGGCUUGAUCCCGAAGUGGAACUGCUCCAGGGGCAAAGGGACCUAGUAGAAAGGACUCUGGGUAAUGGGGUUUGAGGUGGGGAUCUCCUGCAAAGGGAACUAUGGGACCUGCCUCUCACAAUGGGAUGCUCUGCCACACGUGCCUGCCAUGAGGGAAUUGCUGCUUGGGACCCAGAACUAUAGGGCCACCCAAUCAGGGACUGGAAUCCCCAAAACCAUUAGCUAGAAUAACCUUUCAUGUUGUUCAUGCCUCAGUUAUUUUAAUACAAUACCACUAAACUGACUUAACACAGUACCCUUCACCUUCUUCCCCAACAAUGACUUCUGUUCCUAUCCAUGUGACAAAUGGAGUCUGAUCUUGUGUCUGAGUAAAACAUCCUCCCUUUUAAUAUUUGUACUCAGCACUUUAAAAAAAAAAAAAAACAAACAAAACAAAACAAGGCACUUGUAAGACACUGAGAGGUAAAUUCUAUAACUUUUGUUUGUUUGAGAUAGGGUCUUUCCACUUAGACCUGUAACUUGCUAUGUAAACCAGGCUGGCCUCAACUCGCAUAGAUCCUCCUGCCUCUGCCUUCCAAAUGAGAAGAGGUGUGCAUCACCAUGUCCGGAAGCUCUAGAAUACUGAAGUUCACUUUAAGCAAGAUCUUUGGCCACCCUCCUUCUGAAAAUGGGCUGCCAACUGAUUUGAAUCUCGGUUUUCAAUUUUGUGUCACUUGGCAAAUGUUGAGUGAGGAUGAAGCAUGAGGUGGGGGUAGGGAGCUGUCGGGAAUCGGACAGUCAUGGACUGAGAGGAGUGAGAGUUUCUGCUCCAAAACAGACAUGCGCAGCAGGAAGACCAAAGUCUACCUCCAUUCUCAAAGGCAUCUGACAGCUUUCUAGUCAGCAAGGGUCUGUGAAGGCUGGGCUGGGUAUGUGGUUCAGUUGGUAGACUAUUUGCUUAAAAUACAAGAAUUCUAGAGUUCUGGCUGGGCAGUGGUGGUGCACACCUUUAAUCCCAGUGCUUGGGAGGCAGAGGCAGGAGGAUUUCUGAGUUCGAGGCCAGCCUGGUCUACAGAGUGAGUUCCAGGACAACCAGGGCUACACAGAGAAACCCUGUCUCAAAAAAACCAAAAAAAGAAAGAAAGACUUGUAGAGUCUUGUUGGGGAUUAGCCUAGAGACUGGAGCUAGGCUCCGGUUUUGUGGAGGGGCAACUUGGGAACUAAUGCUAGGUACCUGACUGUUAGUUUACCUGAGUUCAGUUUAGGUCAGGCUCUCUAAAAUCGAGUCUGAACUUAAAAGAUUAGGCAUCUCAGCUCCUUUCAUGACACUAUCUUUGGUUGGAAAAACACAAUUCCUGUUUUAAGGGCAGGGUACUUCUUUGUAUUUUCUUUUACAAUAACUGAACAAAAUGUGGCAUGGUGGCACAUACCCUCAAUCCCAGCAGACGGAAAGCCGAGGUGGAUGCUGAGUUCCAGGCCAGCCCAGGCUACACAGACCCUCAAGAAAACAAAACAAAAAUAGUAGUAACUAAGCAAAAUGUGGGUUACCCGCCAACUGGAGUGCUGACACUUGAUACAGCCAAUCCACAAGUCCCACCGCAGACACUGGGGACCCAUUCAUGAGGACACACAUCAGUGUAUGCAUGGCUAUAGAAAUAUGCAUAUUAUGUAAGUAAUUGUACAAACUAAAAAGUGGUCUUGAAGAAAGAUCCAUUCUAAGAAUCCAAACAUUACAUUUUAUUUUACUAGACCUUGAUACUGUGUGCAAAAUAAAAUUCACGGUGAAAAUGCAAAGCAUGGGCCAGUGAGAUGGCUCAGCAGGUACAGGAGCUUGCUGCCAAGGCUGAUGAGCUGAAGACAACCUCACAAAUCCAAGUAGUAGGAGAAAAAGGUUCCCAAAACUAUCCUCAGACAUCCACAUGAGCCACGCUGCACAUGAGAACAUGUUUAAGGCGAACAUGGGUUGGUCACAUGAUCCAGAUCUGAUUCUACACCCAAGGGAGUUCCCUUAAGUAUAAAUCUCAGGCUCACAGUCCCCAGAAGACAGGGGAAAGUGCCUCUCCCUUGUUGGAAAAGCUGACCAGGUACACCUGUUAUCUUGCAAAAUGAGACUCCUCUUUCCAGAGCUUAAGGGGAUGCGCUCACAUACAGGCCAAUGGCAUGUCAAACAAAACCAACUUCUCAGUGAAAGAAGCUUGAAACACAAGAGCCCACCAUUCAGUGCAAGCACCCAAGUAAUACCAAAACUAUUACGCUGUGCUCUUGCCUCACCGAUUAUGAACUAGAGACAGACAGAUGACGUCUCAUAUUUCCCACGCAUUAGUCACUGCUCAGUGAAUUAAACAUCACACUUGUCUAUGUAGACUGGAACAUUUCUCAAUAUCACCUUCACAGGGAGUGUUUGUUAUUUGAACGGAUGGCUGUGUAGUGUGUUCACCCGGUUAACAAUUCCCCUUUAUCAAUUGUCUGGUUUCUGAUUACUUGUUUUAUGCUACUUAAUGUUGCAAUGUAAGGUAUGUAGCCUGGUGGCAUAUUUAUAAUCCCAGCAGCUGGGAGGAUGAGGCAGGAGGAUGAUGAGUCCCAGGCCCCAGUUUCUGCAAUACAGUAAUUUUAAUCUCUACUAUGUAGCCUCCUCAAGGAUAAACAUACACAAGGAACAAAUAUAUAGCAAAAGGGAAAAAGUAAAACUUCAUUAAGUAAAAAGUAGAAGCUGGCCGGUGGUGGCGGCUCACGCCUUUAAUCCCAGCACUUGGGAGGCAGAGGCAGGCGGAUUUCUGAGUUCGAGACCAGCCUGGUCUACAACGUGAGUUCCAGGACAGCCAGGGCUAUACAGAGAAACCCUGUCUCGAAAAAAACCAAAAAAAAAAAAAAAAAAAAGUAAAACUUCCAUGAAUAGUGUCUACUCCUUAAUGGCUCAGUAUGAUUUUCAAAUUUUAUAGCCAGGAGGUGGUGGUGCUCGCCUUUAAUCCCAGCAGAAGCAGGAGGAUUUCUGAGUUCAAGGCCAGCCUGGUCUACAGAGUGAGUAGACCAGGCUGGGCUACACAGUGAAACCCUGUCUCGAAAAACCAAAAUUAGAACAAAAAGAAAAAGAAAAAAGAAAAAUUUCAAAUUUUUUACAACCAUAGCAUUGUACCAUUGGAAAGAGAAUUUAGUAGUCAAUUUUUCUAAAAUUUCUUUCACCAUGUGCCCAGCCUGCUCACGUGACUCAUGCUUUACAGUUACAGACGCCAGGGCCUCUCGAUUCUCUCUGGCAUCCAUUCCAAUUAAGGCAUACCGAAGUUAACUGGCUGCACCCUUGUUUUCGGGUUUUUAAUGAGGAGCUGUGCUCCGCAGGCGCCCAAUAAACACUAAUUGGAGGAACUCAGGCAACCGCGGAAGCAGGCCAGGGCCGGCUGCCAGAGUCCUGAGUCCCCACUCGCGAGUGUGCCUGGCAGAGCAGCAGCUCUAUUUAGAAGUAGCGCCUCAGGCAUCGUCCUCAGCAGGAACCUGCGGCCGAGCUCCAACCGCUCCAGGUCACACCCACCAGCGCCAGGUCACGCCCAGCCGCCCCAGGAAUCGACCAGAGCGCCGCUCCGCUCCAAAUCCCAGACUCUCCUCCUUUAGUUAAGGCGUGGCUUUCAGCUGCCAAUCACAGAGAGGCCGGCCUGGGCUUUGGCCUUGCCCCAGGCAAGGUUUACAGCCAGGGUCGUAGGCCUCCGGCUUCAGGCGAGGUCUCAGGCGCGGCCUCCUCAGGCUUCAGUCGCAGCCAAGUCUCCCCCCUCCUUUUUUUGUUUUGUUUUGUUUGUUUGUUUGUUUGUUUUUCGUGACAGGGUUUCUCUGUAUAGCCCUGGCUGUCCUGGAACUGACUCUGUAGACCAGGCUGGCCUUGAACUCAGAAAUCCACCUGCCUUUGACGCCCAAGUGCUGGGAUUAAAGGCGUGCGCCACCACUGCCCGGCAAGUCUCGUCCCUCUAACCACACUAACGUGCAGGCCCACCCUCAACCCCUACACCUUCAGCGUUGGCAUCAGUAGCGGCCUCCUCAAGCGGUGAUCGCCUCCCAGCCCCUAACUUCACCACCAGACGCCUAAGGCGGCGUUCCUGCGCAGACCCUGAGAAGGCCCCGCCCUGCAGCCAAGGCCACGCCCUAUCCCAGGCGCCAGCCUCAGCACCACCUGCGGGAGGCCCCACCCUAUCCAGGCGCGGGCCUCGCCCCACCACGGGCGUCAGCAGCGGUCGGAGGCAGCGGACUGUUAGGCCCCACCCUCUCAAGGCGCAGGCUCCGCCCCGUGGCUCAGGUCCCGCCCUCAGUGCUCGCUGCGCUCGGAUGCGGAUGGGACGCGGCAGCAGCUCGCCUGUCCUUUGUGUUCGAGUGGCGGCAGCUUCGCAGGCCUUCACCGGCACAUUCCUCUGGCCGAUCAGUCGCGUGCUUCCUAGCGACCCAUCAUGUCAGCGGGAGCGGGCGCGGCCGUGGAGGCAGGCUUCUCCAGCGAGGAGCUGCUGUCGCUCCGCUUCCCGCUGCACCGCGCCUGCCGGGACGGGGACCUGGUCGCGCUCUGUUCGCUGCUGCCACACACGCCGCGCGCUCACCUGGCCGCUGAGGACUCCUUCUACGGCUGGACGCCCGUGCACUGGGCUGCGCACUUCGGCAAGUUGGAGUGCUUAAUGCAGUUGGUAAGAGCAGGAGCCUCACUGAAUGUCUCGACCACCCGCUAUGCCCAGACCCCAGCCCACAUCGCUGCUUUUGGAGGACAUCCUCAGUGUCUGGUCUGGCUGAUUCAAGCUGGGGCCAACAUUAACAAACCGGACUGUGAGGGGGAAACUCCCAUUCACAAGGCGGCCCGCUCAGGGAGCCUCGAGUGCAUCACUGCCCUGGUAGGGAGCGGGGCUCACACCGACCUGAGAAAUGCCAGUGGCCUGACAGCAGCAGACAUUGCACAAACCCAGGGUUUCCAAGAGUGCACCCAGUUUCUCUUGAGCCUCCAGAACCAUCAAAUGAGCCGUUUCUGUCAUAAUGGCACCUUGAGUGGAGGUCAUGAGAGCAUACUGCCCACUCACGUUAGCCUGGGAACAAACCGAAAGAGAUGCCUGGAAGACUCAGAAUCUUUGGGAGUGAAGAAAGCUAGAACCAGAGUUCCCAGCCUGGAUCACGCCAUGCCUCUAGCAAAUGGAGAGGCUGAAGAUGAUGCCGACAGAAUGCACGUGGACAGAGAGUGUGCUGCUGUAUCAGGUGAUAUGAAAAACAGUAGCUCCGUGUUGAAUACAUUGACAAAUGGAAGUGUCGUCAAUGGACAUUUGGACUUCCCCUGCGCGAACCAGCUCAAUGGGAUGGAGAGCAGGAGUCACCCGUGCUUAACAGGAUCUAAUGGCGUUAGCAAUGGACAGCCAUUGUCCAGUGGCCAGGCCUCUGUCUCUGCUAAUGGGACUGAGGAGCCAGAAAAGACCAUGGGCAUUAACCCCGAGAUGUGUGGGUCUCUCCAUCUGAACGGGAGCCCAAGUAGCUGUGUGGCCAGCAGGCCGUCCUGGGUGGGGGACAUAGGGGAGAGCUUGCACUACGGACACUACCAUGGAUUUGGGGACACUGCUGAGAGCAUCCCUGAGCUAAGCAGUGUGCUGGAGCACACGAGCUGUGUUCGGGUGGAACAGCGCUACGACAGUGCUGUCCUGGGCGCUAUGCAGCUGCACCACGGCUCCUGAGCCCAGCGUUACCUCAGUUCCUCUGCAGUGCCAGCUUGAGGAAGCUGGACAGCCUGUGCUGUAGGUGCCUCGGCUUUCUGAGAGAGAGUGAGUCCUUGGAUUCCUUCACGUAGAGUGCUGCUCUGUGCAUAGACCCUUCUCAUGGCGUGGCAGGCCUCCUGCGAGGGGUGCUUUGGAGGCUUCUCUUGUUUGACACCAGCCUUUUUUUUCCCCACAUCACGAGACAUUGCCACCUUUUUGUGAAUUGUAUUUGAUCAGGACAGUUGGGCAUCGCUCACCUUUACUGUUUGCUGUAGCACUCCUGAUGACACAGCUUUCCCCUGUGCAAGGACCUUUACAGUGUGCAGCAACCCCGGGAAGGGGGCUGACUGCUGCAGGUGCGCUCAGUGGUCGGAUGUGCUAGCCCCUUCCCUCCCUGUGUAGACUGCUGCCUGUGUCUCCUUAGAAACAGCUCUGCCCAGGAUGGAUUAGGUUGUUGUUUUUACUCCACAUUUAUACUUGAUCUCUAGACUUUUUUACCACAAACAAUGGUUUCCUUUAUAUACAGUGGAUGUUGCUGUUUGUAGGAACUGUCGGGUCAGAAUAUUUUACUAUGGUGACCUAUUUUUUUGUUACUGUUUUUUGAAGUUUUCUGCUUAAAGAUAUAUACCACUAUAUAUCCAGUUAACUGAGAGAAUUUUGGGUUUCUCUUAUUAAAGCUGCAUUAAAUUCGUGAUUUUAUAGAAAUUAGCUUUUGUUUAGGCAACUAGUGGCUAUACAGCAAAUACCCAAUGACUUCUGAUUUUUGUAAUAACUAUCAGUGCAAGUGAACUGUGAGGUGACAAAGCCAAUGUUUUAAGAGUGUACUAGCAUUUUGUUUUCAAGCUGUUCUUUACAAAUUGAAUAAAGAAAAUGCACUGCU